AUGAAAGGAGAAGUAGGUCUAGGCCAUAAACGUGAUAUGCCUUUUUUCGAGCGUAUGUCAAUGAUUGGAAAUAUUGACGAUGGAGAAUAUCACCUUCAGAUAAAGAAUGUGUCUCUUGCUGAUGAUGACAAUUAUAGAUGUCAACUUACUCCAACAGAUGAUGAACCAACUCCUAAACUUUCUAAAAGAGUUAAAUUAACAAUUAUUGUUCAACCCAAAGACCCUAUACUCGUUGGAGAAUCCAUCGAAGGUGGAUUAACUUCAUCAAGUAAAAAUCAACAAUUAAUUGGGCAAUUUAAUCAAAUAGCUGCCACAGAGGGUCAUUCACUCCAAGUUAGUUGUCAAAGUAGGGCUGGAAGGCCAGCAGCACAAAUUAGUUGGGUUUUGGCUGAAGAUUGGUUAGGAAAAAGAAUUAUUGCGCAUAUUAUACCAUCAAAUAAUGAAACGGAAACAACAACAGUUUUUAGAUAUCAAACAAAUAGAGUGCCUUUCCCCUCUGCUGGACAUCCCUUACGUCAUUCACGUGGAAGACGUCUACUUGCUAAUAUUACAGAAUUUAGAGACUUAGAUGGAGACAGUCAACUUUAUACUGUUAUAAGCAAUUUAAAUUAUUCGCCUUCUCGGGAUGAUAAUGGACAUUUUUUGGUUUGUUUGGCAACACACGAAGCUUAUGGAAAGGAAGCAAAAACAGCCAGUAUUUCUUUGGAUGUAUUUUAUCCCCCAAAAGUAAUUAUUGAAGUUGAACCGGAAGAUAAUGGAAAGGUCGCUUAUUUAAUUUCUGAUUAUUUUUAUUCCUGUUAA